AUAAUUCAGUUUGAGUCGUCAGGUCAAUGUCAACACAGUCAUGCUGAGAAGAAGAACCGGGUUAAGAAAUCGGACGAUCCAUUUUCUGGAUUUAAGUUAGCACCUCUCUGAAGUGAACCACUUAUCCAAGCUGUUGUUUUUAUCAUAACCAAAUAUUAAAAUGGGAAGAAUGAAUAUCUGGGUAAAACGGGCGUUCAUUUGUGUGUGUGUCUUGAUAGGGAUCAUCAGCACCCUCCUGCUGGCCAUCACAUUAUUUGGACAUGGGCACUUCCACCAAUCAGAAGAAAUAGACAAGAUGUUGCCAGGGAUAACAGUUCUGUAUGUCCUAGAAGCAGCAACCCUGGCCCUUUCAAUCUUUGGGGUCUAUGGAGCUCGCAAGGAGAAGAAGUGGGCUGUGAUUCUGUUUUCAGUAGGUAUGUCACUGGCCAGCCUAUACCUGUUUGCAGCUUGUGUGAAAGGAUAUCAAAGCAAACACAAGAUGGAGGAGUUAAGCAGAAAGGAAGACCUAGCCAUGAUGCCUUUCAGUGGAGCGAAACAAAAGGAUAUAGAAGAGAUGUACUACUUUCAAGCUAACUUCAAAUGCUGUGGGCUCGUACAAGGCUACCAAGACUGGGGCACAGACAUCCCCCUCUCCUGUCUCUGUUCUGAUGAGGACUCAACACACUUUAAAUGUGUUGCUCCUGGUAACAAUACAAGAUUUGUUAAUCACUAUCCCAACAGUAAUUUGUCUGAGGAUGAUGACCACAAGGCUCUAAUGGAUGAACACAUGCUGGUAUUUAAAGAGCCAUGUCUUCCCAUCCUGCUCUCUUUCAUGGGCUAUGCAAUGAGCCUGAUGAUAGGAACAUUAGUUGCACUUAACACAUUAUGGGAUAUUGGAGUUGCCCUGGCCAUCACAAUACUCUGCCAGAUGAGAAGAAAGGUUGAUGUGCCACCUGUGAUCUUCACCUCUCAACCACCUCAGUACAGAGAGCUGUGUGACACAGCAGAGAGUGUCUGAAAUUAAAUGGUCCUCUAAUGAAGGAUACUCAAUGCACUAGUCUGAGUGCCAGUCUGUUUGUGCCAUCAUGACAACUCCUGUCACUCAUUUGUGUCAAGCCAAACAUGACAUUGGGUGACACAGAGUUGACUUGGCAAUGACAGACUGGCACGAUGGUCUUUAUUUAACUAGGCAAGUCAGUUACGAACAACUUCUUAUUUAUAAUGACGGCCUACCGGGGAACGGUGGGUUAACUGCCUUGUUCAGGGGCAGAGUGACAGUUGGCAUUGGCAAGACCACAAACAGAUCUGGGAUCAGGUUAGCAAUGCACUCAUAUUAUGUACAUACUCAUAACACACUUGAAAGGACAACUCGGGACAUUAUUAGACAUUAGACAUCUCUACUGUGUUGUCCAAAGUAUUACUGUUCAACCAUUUAACCGUUGUAGUGCCUCAGUGUUGGUUACAGUGUCUUGAAUAAAGGGACAAGCAUCUUUUAA